UAAACGCGAGUUUGUGCCACGUGCACCUUAAAUUCAUCUCUCGAGGCCGUCGAACGUCUUAGAAUGUCUAUACUUUUCGUAUGUGUUCUCAUCGCGACGGCUAGUGUCUCACUAGCAGACGAGGACAAGAAAGAAGAAGUAGGAACAGUAAUUGGAAUAGAUCUAGGAACGACAUACUCAUGUGUCGGUGUAUUCAAGAACGGACGAGUGGAAAUCAUUGCCAACGACCAAGGAAAUCGCAUCACACCGUCAUACGUGGCCUUUAGUGAAGAGGGUGAGCGCAUGAUUGGAGACGCUGCAAAGAAUCAGCUCACGUCUAACCCAGAGAACACGGUUUUCGACGCCAAACGGCUGAUCGGACGUAGCUGGACUGACAGCUCGGUGCAGCACGACCGUCAAUAUUUGCCUUUCAAAUUGAUCGAUAAGAACUCGAAGCCGCACGUUGAAUUGACGAUCAAGGGAGAGAAGAGGACGUUUGCUGCGGAGGAGAUUAGUGCUAUGGUCUUGGUCAAGAUGAAGGAGACUGCAGAAGCUUAUCUGGGAAAGAAAGUAACGCACGCCGUUGUGACCGUUCCUGCGUAUUUCAACGACGCUCAACGCCAGGCGACCAAAGACGCUGGUGCAAUCGCUGGUCUCAACGUCAUGAGGAUCAUCAACGAGCCGACGGCUGCUGCUAUUGCAUAUGGUCUUGAUAAGAGAGAAGGCGAGAAAAACAUUAUGGUGUUUGAUUUAGGAGGCGGCACCUUCGAUGUCUCUCUAUUGACCAUCGACAAUGGUGUAUUUGAAGUCGUUUCAACAAAUGGAGAUACUCAUCUUGGAGGUGAAGAUUUUGACCAGAAAGUUAUGGAUCAUUUCAUCAAGUUGUACAAGAAGAAGAAAGGCAAGGACAUCCGAGGUGACAACAGAGCUGUACAGAAACUCCGUCGCGAGGUGGAAAAGGCCAAACGAGCUCUUAGUAACCAACAUCAAGCCAGAAUAGAGAUUGAAUCGCUUUAUGAUGGUGAAGACUUUUCGGAGACUCUUACGCGUGCCCGCUUUGAAGAACUCAACAUGGAUCUCUUCCGUUCAACUUUGAAACCGGUACAGAAGGUGCUUGAUGAUUCUGGACUUCAGAAAUCAGAAAUCCACGAAAUUGUCUUGGUGGGUGGCUCUACCAGAAUCCCCAAAGUCCAACAACUCGUCAAGGAAUUUUUUGGCGGAAAGGAACCAAGUCGUGGAAUCAACCCAGAUGAAGCCGUUGCAUUUGGAGCUGCUGUGCAAGCUGGAGUUUUGAGUGGUGAGAGUGAAACUGGUGACCUUGUCCUCCUCGAUGUCAACCCCCUCACUCUUGGUAUCGAAACGGUUGGUGGUGUGAUGACCAAACUCAUUGCACGAAACUCUGUAAUUCCCACAAAGAAGUCACAGAUCUUCAGUACAGCAGCUGACAACCAACCUACCGUUACAAUCCAGGUCUUUGAAGGUGAAAGGCCAAUGACAAAAGACAAUCAUCUUCUCGGCAAAUUUGAUCUAAAUGGAAUCCCACCAGCACCACGUGGAGUCCCACAGAUUGAAGUAACAUUUGAAAUUGAUGUUAAUGGAAUCCUCAAGGUUUCUGCUGAAGAUAAAGGCACGGGAAACAAAGAGAAAAUCACCAUUACAAAUGACCAGAACAGACUUACACCAGAAGACAUCGAGCGCAUGAUCAACGAUGCAGAGAAGUUUGCCGAGGACGACAAAAAGGUGAAAGAAAAAGUAGAGAGCCGUAACGAGUUGGAGAGCUAUGCCUAUUCACUGAAAAACCAAGUCGGUGACAAGGAAAAGUUAGGAGCAAAACUGAGUGAAGACGAGAAGAGCACAAUAAUGAAGGCAGUUGAAGAGAAGAUUGAGUGGCUAGAAGGUCACCAGGAUGAAGAGUCGGAAGAAUACAAGAAACAGAAGAAGGAAUUGGAAGAAGUCGUCAUGCCAAUCAUGAGUAAACUGUACCAAGGGGCUGGUGGCGAGGCACCACCACCACCACCAGGAGGGGACAGUGAGAAGGACGAAUUGUAAGACAAUGUAUGUGUUAGAAUGAUAUGAUGCGUAGUAUACGCAUAUAAAUCAUAAAUGUGCUGCUGUAUAGCAGACAUAGGCUUGUUAUUUUCUCUUGGUUCACGUACAUUAAUCUCAAAUACAACUAGUACAGUUAAAACGUGUAA